AGUAAAGUGAUAAGAACUUAGGUUUAUACAAAAUGUUCAAUUUACUUUCAAGUACACCUAGGUGCCUAUUCAGUUUAAUUUCAACAAUGUUGGUGCCAAUACACUCGUUUCAAUUGAUUUAAAUUGAAUUAGUCCAGACUCAUAAUGAUAUUGAUAUGGGUACUAUUAAUAUCUUCGCUUCUACAAAUCGAAGCAGAGCAAGAACAAUGUUAUGCUGACAAUACAUCCCCAUAUUUGAAUUUUGGAGAGAGAACGUCUUAUUUUCAAGGUCGAGAGCCUCAUCAAAUGAAUUUGCCAAAAAAUUGUAAGCCAAUUUAUGUAUGGGGAAUUAUAAGGCACGGGACGAGGUAUCCUGUACCUAUCGAUACAAUUUUAAAAAUCAAGAAAACAUUGCCUUUAAUAAGAGAUCAAAUUUUAAUGAAUCAUAAAAAUGGACGAGGAAACUUAUGUAAAAAAGACUUGGAAAAUUUGAAGAAAUGGAACAUCAAUAUAACCACAGAUUUGAGAGGUGAACUGACAUCACAGGGUACCAAAGAGUUGAUUUUUUUAGCAAAAAAAAUUAAAGAAGCAUUUCCUCUUUUAUUCGAAUUACAGCAAAGAAAUAUUUUCGAGUUUCAGAGUUCUGAUACCAACCGCACAAGAGCUAGCGCGUUAGCAUUCAGUAAUGAACUAAUGGGAACAAAUUUCACUACCCUGCAAGGUAACAAUAUAACUGAGGAUGACGAGUUUCUACAACUUUACAAGCAUUGCCCUAAUCACGCGAAACUUGUCAAAAAUCCUGUAUUUCAUGAAGAAAUCCGUUUAUUCAAAACUUCUGCUCUAAUGCAAAAGAUCACAGCAGAAAUAAGUCUGCGUUUGGGUUUCUUGCAACCACUAUCAAAUCAGUCAAUCAUGUUAAUGUAUAGUAUCUGCGCCUAUGAAAAUGCUUGGUUUAUGGAUUCGAAACCUCCAUUUUGUGCAGUCUUCACCGAGGAAGAUUUAAAAGCAAUAGAAUACUACGAAGACAUGGAAUCCUAUUAUAUAAGAGGGUAUGGAAAUCCACUUCCCAACGAAAAGAUGGGCUGCCCAAUUGUACGGGAUAUGAUGUUGUCAUUGUCUAAAGCAGCAAAAAACGCUGGAAAUGUCGCCAAAGGUAAAUUUCUUUUCACUCAUUGUGAAACAAUCAUUCCAACAACGGUAAAGCUCGGACUGCAAAAAGACAACGAACCGCUGAAACUUGAAAAUUAUCAAAAAUUAGUCGAAAAAAGAAAAUGGAGGAGUACUUAUUUUGACAGCUUCGCUGCUAAUAUUAUGGUAGCGUUGUACAGAUGUCCUAAUCAAAAUGGUACUCAGGACGUUGUGAUAUUUCACCAAAACGAACAUUCUGUAGUGAUUCCUCAGUGUAUCUCAAAUCCCUGCACUUUGGACGAAUUGCAGUUCAUUUUUCAAGAUGUGUUCGAUGAAAAUCGUUGCAAUACAAAUUUUUGCAAGAUUUCAGAACCUUCGAAACCUUCAUCCGGAUAUUUGUUGCGCUUCAGCUUUAAUAUUAUUGUUAUAAAUCUUUUAUUUAUUAAAAUUAUAAAUUGGUCAAGUUAGAAAA